AAUAAGAGUAAAUUAAAAUCUCUUAACUUCUACAUAAACGCCUGCUAAGAGCACUUGUUUUGUAUGAAACUGAGUGUAAAGAGAGUGUUUGAUAAAAAUGCAUGAACUGUUUACAAAAGUACUCUCGAAACGUGAUCUAUCCAGAGCUGGUGAUUUAUUUUCAGUGCCAGACAAUGAUAUUGUCAAUGAUAUCACAGAUGUGCUCUCCGACAUAAAUGCCAUUAUUUCCUUGGCAGACUACUUGAAAAAUAAUAAUGAUCAGUCGGUGGUGGAGAUUUGUGUUACACGAGUUUUAUCCUGCAUACGUGAAACGAAAACAGCGGAACGUUAUUGCAGCGCCCUGAUCGAUUUACUUAAGACCUGUUUAUUAUGGAAUCUCCAGCCGUGCGGUAGUAGCAAAGAUGAUCCUCCACAUGCUAAAAUUGCAGCCGAUAUUAUAUCGAGCAUAUUUUUGAAUUACGACAAAAAGGAUGUCAUGAAAUUGGCCCUACCCGUGGCCGUACAAUUUCUGCCCAAGGGAAAUCGUGAACAAUCACGUAAUUUAGCAAGCUAUCUCUCGUUGGCCGCCAUUGACUAUGCCUACCUGCUGAGUCCACACAUCGAUUCCAUUAUCAAUUCCAUAUUGGCUGGUAAUUAUGGUCUGCUGCGUGUACUCUCGCAAAUCUAUGAAGUGUCACCCGAUACGGUGUCACCGCAUGCACCCCAGUUAGUAGCUCUGCUGCCAGAAUGUGAUUCUCAAGAAAGACUAGCCGUCUUUCAACUGUAUCUAUUAAUAGCACAACGUACACCCUUAGUUUUAGAAUCGUGCAUUUCGCCGUUGUGUGAGUUUCUCUAUGACAGCGAGACAGCGAGUACGACCAUGCAAAUUUUAUUGAAAUUGGCUGAGCAGCGGCCAUUAUUGGUGGCAGAGCAUUUUGAUAAAAUACGUUUGGCCACCAAAACCAAUCCAAAUACAGUGACAUUGGGCGCACAAGUUUUGGCAACGGCGGGACGUACGAAUAAGGAAAAUGCUCAAUAUGCAUUGGAUUUUGUUUUAGAACAAUUGCCGCAUGCCGAUAGAACGUCGCAGGCUGUGCUGUUGCAAGAGGCUACAAAAUUGUGUUCAUCGUUUCCCAUACUGUUUACGGACAAAGUGUUGGCUUGUGUUAGACAAAAGAAUGCUUUAAGCCAGCAGAAAUUAUCUUCUUCAGAGACUAGCGUAGAUGUUGGACCCAAAACGUGUGGUGGUGUGACCAUAGUCAAUCUGAAUAGUUCCAACGAUCCGACUGCUGUCAACCAACCCAUAGCCGCCAAAGCCUCGGGUGUAGUGGUCAAUACUUUGGCCGCCAAUUCAACAGCUCCACUCUCUACAAUUAUCAGUGCUGAUCCGGCUACUAGUACCACUACAGUUUCGGUGGCUGCUUCAAAUGCGCACACUACCACACGUAGCCAUAAAAGCAAACAGAGUCGUAGUAGUCCUAGCAGUCCCAAGGAUCCCUAUAGGAGAACUAUAACCACGGGAAAUAUUAAAAUACCAUCAGCAUCCGUUAACGCUACUACCACCCAUCCGCAUAGUACUCAGCCUCCCGCCAACACAACAAUUGUACCACCAACACCACCCCAUACCGGAUACACAAGACGUGUUAAAUUGGGAGACUCCCGAAGUACUGGUCGCCUGCAUCCAUCUGGCAAUACACAUCGUAGCAUGACACGCCUAAAUGUAGCUGGAGGUUCUGUAGGAGGUUUACACAAAAGUAUGACACGUCUUAGUUCUUCACAACAUAUCAAUCAAAAUGGUUCUGCUUCAGGUUCAGGUUCCAACACAGCUAACAACUCAACAUCCAGCAGUAAUGUGGUGGUGCAAACCGGUGCCAUGCUAAAAACUCCAACCACACCCAAUAGUCCUGGUUAUGUGACGCCGGUACCGCCGCUCAGUAACAAUGUCAUCAUAACGGGCCACAACAAAUGGGGUAUACCAUCGACACAGGUGACGUCGGGAGGAGUGACGGUGACCACAUCGCCCACCAAAUUGAGACCCCAAUCGCAAGGACCCACAACAUUGUUGAACAGCAGUACGGCAUUAUUGAAAUAUAGUACCGAUGCUUUGAAUCAAUCGAUAGGUUCGAUAACAUCACCUUCCAAUCCGGUUUCAGUGCAUCACGCCUCUCCAGCAUUGCCGCAACAGAAUAAUGGCAAUCAAAAAUCUGUGAUGAAGUUACCAGUCAAUGGAAGUAGUGAUCAUGAAGUUAUAGUUUCCGGACCCACCACCAAUGUUACCCCGCGCCGCAAUGACAACACCAGUCGUACAUUAUUGAAUGCCAACAACAGCAUAAUGGAUCAACGCAUGAGCACAUUUGAGCCCUAUCAGAUAAUGCGUGAUCCGGUGCAACAAUUCUGUGAAAAACAUUUCACUUCCAUAAGCAGUUAUAUGGAUGAGGUUUCUCAAAUGCUACCGCCUCCCACACGUUGCAGUAUAGAAGUUUCCAAUGAAUUUGCAGAAAGGCGUUCCAAGAAAGUAGCAAAGCUACAUUUUGCUUGUCAAAUCAGAGGACCCCAUUGCCUGUACUCGAAAACCUGUUUUACCAUGAGAACUCGUAAUCCUAAAACAUGGAUCCAUUUAAUGUUUUUGGAUUUCCAAGUGCGACAUUAUGUUAAGGAAAAGAGUGUUCUUAGCACUCGAGAACCUGGCAUCAGUAAUCUGAAAAAUAUUUGGCAAAUACUCAAGUGUGAAAAUCGCAGUUUUACUGAAUUAGUCACCAGUCAAUUUCCUAGUAUAAAGGAUCGUGAAAUUCUCGUCAAUGAAUUAAGACAUUCGGGCUUCCUAGACGUGUUUGAAGUCUCCAAGACUGAUAAAUCUAAUCCAAAUUGUAAUGAAUUAGAAUACCAAUGGGGUUGUUUCCUAUGCAAUCAUCCCGAUAAGGCUGUAGGUUUUCUCAAUGGAAGUAAUCAGCCCAUGAUCGAGGGACAACUCAAGGAGAAAAAGGGCAAGUGGCGUUUGUUUCGGAGAUGGCGUACGCGUUAUUUUACUUUAUCGGGAGCACAUUUGUCAUGUAAAGGAUCGAGCGGUGGUGAAAGCAUCGAUGUCAAUCAAAUACGUUCCGUUAAGGUGUCGCGUGGUGCCCGCAAUAUACCCAAAGCUUUUGAAAUUUUUACUGCCGAUCAGACUUUAAUACUCAAACCAAAAGAUGGUAAAAAUGCCGAAGAAUGGGUACAAUGUCUGAGCAUAGUGGUGGCUCACUCACAGGCUCGCGAUAAUCCACAAACAAAAACCAAUAGUUUACCAGCUCGUGGCAUGAGCAGCAGUAAACCUUCAUUUUGAGAUUUUAGACAUUUAGAGAAAUUAAAAUUUU